UACCUCGGGAGAGACUGGACCUUACAAGAAGCAUUUUAAAAGCAUGCCUUGUGAUGUAAAGCCUCGGUUUGUCAUCCUGUACGGAUCACAAAAGGGACAAGCCCAAUCCAUAGCAGAAGGCAUAGCUGAGGAGGCGGAGGAGCAUGGGCUUGUUGCUGAUCUCAGCUGCUUGAGUCAGAAUGAUAUGUACAAUUUGGAGAAGGAGCAUGCCCCAGUGGUCUUUAUUGUCUCUACCACUGGAGAAGGAGAACCGCCCGACAAUGCCUUACGAUUUGUAAGAUCCAUCAAGAAGAAGACCCUCUCCAAUGAUCACUAUAAACACCUAAGCUAUGCACUUUUAGCUUUAGGAGACACAAAUUAUGCAAAUUUCUGCAACUGCGGCAAGACAAUUGAGAAUCGUCUAAAGCAACUUGGUGCCAAACAAUUUUAUGCGACAGGAUAUGCAGAUGAUGGCAUAGGUCUGGAGUUGGUUGUGGAUCCCUGGCUUGAAGGAUUGUGGGCUGCCAUCAAAGGAACUUUAUCAAACAUGGCAUCUGAUAGUACUGCCCACUUAAAAGGGAAUGGAGCAGAAUCGGCCACAGACGCCUCUGAUUCAGCCAAACCAGAUGUCCAGUUUAACCUCUUAAGCAUCACUGACCAUCAGAACUGUGAGGCGGUUGGUGCAACUGUAGACGGGGACUCCAAAUUUGCAUCUGCUACUUCAUCUUCAGCUUCUGCUGCAAGUGAUCUCAGGCCAGCUAUUUCUGCAGAGAGCCCCGAUUUGGCUUCUCAAUCCCACAAUGCUGCCAACGUUGCUACAUCAGCACCAAACACACAGAAGGGGGAUGCUGGAGUUCCCCAUGUGGAAUUGGCAGCUUCGCUGACACGCUCCGUGCCGCCACUGUCGGAGUCCACACUUAAUGUUCCGGUUCUGCCUCCCCCGUACUUGGAUAUCUCUCUACAGGAGGGAGAUACUUCGGAACAGAUGACUGGACCUCCGAACAAAGAUUCUCUUCAUGAGGUGCCCAUUUCCAAGGCGGUUCAGUUAACCAGAGGAGAUUCAGUCAAGACGGCGCUUCUUCUGGAGCUUGACAUUUCUGCUUACCCAGCAAUGGCCUAUCAGCCAGGGGAUUCUUUUGAUGUUUUCUGCCCAAACAGGCCUGCAGAGGUGGACGAAUUACUCUGCAGAUUGGGCCAUCAGAACCAACGAAAUCACCAAGUCAUUAUUUCUCUAAGAAAGGACACAAAGAAAAAAGGUGCCGUGGUGCCACCUCACAUCCCAGAGAAAGUUUCUCUGCUCUUCCUGCUCAGCUGGUGUCUGGAGAUCAGAAGUGUUCCGAAGAAGGCCUUCCUGCGUGCGCUGGUGGAGCACACAGCGGACGGCGCGCAGAGGAGACGACUGCAGGAGCUCUGCAGUAAGCAAGGCGCUGCAGACUACAACCUGUACGUGAGAGACGCCGGCCUCGGCGUUCUGGAGCUCCUCAGAGCCUUCCCGUCCUGCUCACCUCCACUCGGCCUCCUCGUCGAGCACUUGCCGAGACUGCAGCCCCGGCCUUAUUCAGCAGCCAGCUCCUGCCUCAGACACCCGGGAAAGCUGCGUUUCGUCUUCAGCGUGGUGAACUUCCCAGCGUGCUCGGGGCGGCCUGCGGGGAGGCGAGGCCUGUGUACUGGCUGGCUCUUUGACCUCAUCAAUCCCGGCCUGGUUUUCCCCGGGAAGGCGGAAUCCUCUGGCUGCCCCGCUCUGCCGAAGAUCCAUGUCCGCUUGAGGCCCAGCAGCUCGUUCCGGCCCCCCUCUGACCCAUCUGUGCCUUUUAUAAUGGUUGGACCGGGCACUGGAGUGGCUCCAUUCAUCGGCUUUCUCCAACAAAGGGAGAACGAGAGACAGAACAACCCCAAGGCUGCGUUCGGCGAGACUUGGCUGUUCUUUGGUUGUCGCCACAAAGACGGAGACUACCUUUUCAGAGAGGAGCUGGAAGGCUUCGUGUCCAGUGGCGCCCUGAGCCAACUCAAGGUGUGUUUCUCUAGAGACCCCCGCGAGGAUGAGGAGUCCGUCACCUCCGCCGCACAGCCCAGAUACGUCCAACACAAUCUGCUUCUCCACCGCCGACACGUCACCGACAUCCUGCUCAGACAGAACGGUUAUCUCUAUGUCUGCGGCGAUGCGAAGAACAUGGCUAAAGAUGUGAACGAGACGCUGAUGGAGAUGAUAAAGACGGAGCUGGAGGUGGACCAGCUCGACGCCAUGAAGACACUUGCGGGACUCCGGGAGGAGAAGCGCUACUUACAGGACAUCUGGGGUUGACACUGGGUGUCGAGAUAAGGACAUCUUGCAGCACUCGCUGGGCUUUUUUCUCCAACCUCAAGAAAGGAAUAAAAUGAAAUCAGCAUGCUCAGCUGUAACCUCCAGAACCAUAAAAUUGUGGAGGCUGGAGCCUGGAGGUAGUUUACACCACCCAACGCUACCAAGAUGGAAUGGAGCACGCUGACCCGGGGAUAUCGGUUCACUACAUCAUCUUAGGCUUUACUGUUUGAACAGAAAUGACCUUGGUCGGGGCAGUAGUGCUGGAGAUUGGUCCUGCAGUGUGAAAAUGCUUUUAGUGUAGACAAGCUUCCUCCGUUUGUCCUUUCUGGGGAAAAGGCAUUUACUUCCGUCGGCGGUGAUGGAGUGAUUUUGAUCAGACGGAGAGCGGGAUAUUGCUCCAGCCUCGAUGGAAUCAACUCAGCAAUCGGUACUUCUUAAACGGCUCACACGCAGGAAAUUGUUUAUUGUCAUUCAGGGAGGAAAAGGCAUAAUUUUUUUAUGAGUUAUUUUUUUUUUUUUGUUGCGGAAUAUAUUAAGCAGCCACCGCCUGCUAAAUGCACCGCAGUUCACCUCUGCUGCUGUAAUCAGGUGUGUUUCCGACAAACAGUUAUUGAAAGAACUUGGUUUGACUCAUUUCUUUACGUUUGUUUGCAUCGUGAUUAUCAUGAUUAUGGCUUGUCAGGGAUGAGAUCCUAAAGAUGAUUGAGCCACAAAAAUAAGAACAAUUUUCUGUGUUUUAGCCCGACAGUCUAUUUAAAACGGAGCACAGAAGAUGGGAAUCUUACCGAUAAUUCCUUCACAUCCCGGACCAAAGAAACGUCUCGAGCCGACUUUGUUUGUGCCCGUUUGCCCUCACACACACACCCAGCACACUGCCAGUUUAGAGGAGAGCUACUCCAACUUUUCUAAGUCCUCCAAAACCAACUAAAAUCUCCCCAAACUGUGGGAAAAGGCGAGCCAACUGUGCUCUGUGUGACUGAGAAUUAAAGAACAAUUCACUGC